GAGCGCCAGCUAAAGGCGGAGAGAGUUAGAGAGAGAGAGAGAGAGAAAGCUUCACUCACUCACACGCUCACACAGACAGACAGGGGCUGUAACACGUUCAGUCCCGCAGUUCUCCUUCUCCACUUUAUCUUCCAGGACAGGGCACCAGAGGACAAGACUUCCAGACUGAGGGCUUCUGCUUAAAGGAGGAAACGGACGGGGAGACCAGCAAUUUCGAAAGCUUUAACUAAAAGCAAAAAAAAUCCGACCAAUGCACAGUGUCCCAGCGGCGACAUGAACACGUUACUUGCCUGGGGCUGUUGACAGUUCAGUUCCGGAGUUGCCCUGGACCUGACCAUCAGGAAAACUGGGAAUUACUGACCGGCAGAAAGCUCUAACUGGGAGAGAAGGUGCCCCCAGAGUAGGAGGGAAGUGCAAUGGACAGCCUGGGAGCUUGGUGGAGAGUGGCGGGGGGACUGUUGGCGAUCUGGACCGUGUUACUGGGACCUGGCCAGGGACACUUCGCCGACCAGCACGUCCACUCCAGCUUCAUCUACCGGCGCCUGCGGAACCACGAGAGGAGGGAGAUCCAGAGAGAGAUCCUGUCAAUCCUGGGGCUCCCUCACCGGCCCAGGCCAUUCUCGGUGGGGAAGCACAGCUCGUCCGCCCCGCUCUUCAUGCUCGACCUGUACAACGCGAUGGCGAGUGAGCAGGAGCCGGAGCGUGGUGCGGCCCGGGGCUCGGUGCCUUACCGAAGCGGUCUGAGCACCCAGCGGCCUCCCCUCGCCAGCCUGCACGACACCAACUUCCUCAACGACGCCGAUAUGGUCAUGAGCUUCGUUAACCUGGUUGAAAGAGACAAGUAUUUUUCUCACCAACGAAGGCACUACAAGGAAUUCCGAUUUGAUCUCACACAGAUUCCUGAAGGAGAGGCAGUAACAGCAGCAGAAUUCCGAAUUUACAAAGAUCGAAGCAACAGUAGAUAUGAAAAUGACACCUUUAGGAUUACUAUAUACCAGGUUCUUAAAGAGUAUUCUAAUAGGGAUGCUGACCUCUUUCUGCUGGAUGACAAGAAAAUCCGCGCGUCUGAUGGAGGAUGGCUUGUCUUUGAUAUCACUGCUACCAGCAAUCACUGGGUUGUAAACCCACACCAUAAUCUGGGCUUGCAACUUUGUGUGGAAAUAAUGGAUGGUCGGACCAUCAAUAUUAGAUCAGCUGGCCUCAUAGGAAGACAUGGACCACAAUCUAAGCAGCCCUUUAUGGUGGCAUUUUUCAAAGCCAGCGAAGUUCUGUUACGUUCCGUGAGGGCUGCCAAUAGUAAACGGAAAAACCAAAAUCGAAACAAAUCCAGCAGCUCUCAAGAUUCUUCAAGAUUAUCCAGCCCUGGAGAUUACAACAGCAGUGAGCAGAAGCAAGCUUGCAAGAAGCAUGAACUGUAUGUGAGUUUUCGAGACUUAGGGUGGCAGGAUUGGAUCAUAGCCCCAGAAGGCUAUGCAGCUUUCUAUUGUGAUGGAGAGUGCUCUUUUCCACUCAAUGCUCACAUGAACGCUACAAACCAUGCAAUUGUGCAAACACUGGUUCACUUGAUGUUCCCUGACAAUGUCCCCAAACCUUGCUGUGCACCAACUAAGCUAAAUGCAAUCUCUGUGCUGUACUUUGACGACAGUUCAAAUGUAAUAUUAAAGAAAUACAGAAACAUGGUGGUAAGAUCAUGUGGUUGCCACUAGCUGGGAAUUUCAAAGAGGAAGAGGACCCAAUUAAAAAUCCAAUCUUUAGACCAUCUUUAAAUUUUCACCAAGGGAUCCCAAAUUGGGUUUGAAGGUGCUUCAUGUACAGUGUUAUGUAUAUAGUACUCAUUGUGCUUAUAAUUUAUUUCUUUCAAUUUAACUACUUUGCUACAUGAAAAUUAAAACAGAUGUUCUCAGUCCUUUCUGGUAGUGCACAAAAAACAACUGUGGUUGACUAAAUAUUUAUUCAGUAGAGCUGAAAACUGGUACAUUUUUAGACAAAGCUUUUCUUUAUGAAACAAGCAUUGCAAAGGUGGUAAAUGGUUUAUUAACUUAUCUGAUUUCCUGCUAUAUAUAUUUUUUUUAUAAACAGAGGAAUUUAAAAAUAUUUUUACACACUUCAUCUCUU